GGAGGGCGGGUGGUGGUGGUGGCGGCGGCGCCCCGACUGCAGUCCCGGCGGGAGCGGAGCGCGAGCCGGGCCGGGCCCGAGCCGGCGCCAUGGGGCGGCGCCGCCUGUGAGCGGGCGACGAGCGGGGACCGGACGGGGCGGCGGCGGCGGCGGCGCCGAGGCCGACAAGCCGCGCGGGCCAGGCCGGGCCGAGCGAGCGGGAGCGGAGCGGAGCCUCGGGCGGCGGGAGGAACAGCGCCGCCGCCGCCAAGAUGGCCGACCUGGAGGCGGUGCUGGCCGAUGUGAGCUACCUGAUGGCCAUGGAGAAGAGCAAGGCCACGCCGGCCGCGCGCGCCAGCAAGAAGAUCCUGCUUCCAGAGCCCAGCAUCCGCAGCGUCAUGCAGAAGUACCUAGAGGACCGAGGAGAGGUGACCUUUGAGAAGAUCUUCUCACAGAAGUUAGGGUACCUGCUUUUCCGAGACUUCUGCCUGAACCAUCUGGAAGAGGCCAAACCCUUGGUGGAGUUCUAUGAAGAGAUCAAGAGAUAUGAGAAGCUGGAGACGGAGGAGGAGCGUGUGGUCCGCAGCCGCGAGAUCUUUGACUCCUACAUCAUGAAAGAACUGCUGGCUUGCUCACAUCCCUUUUCAAAGAAUGCUACCGACCACGUCCAGGGCCACCUGGUGAAGAAGCAGGUGCCUCCAGAUCUCUUCCAGCCAUACAUUGAGGAGAUUUGUCAGAACCUCCGAGGGGAUGUGUUCCAGAAGUUCAUUGAGAGUGACAAGUUCACACGCUUUUGUCAGUGGAAGAACGUUGAACUCAACAUCCAUCUGACCAUGAAUGACUUCAGUGUGCAUCGCAUCAUCGGGCGUGGGGGCUUCGGUGAGGUCUAUGGGUGCCGGAAAGCAGACACAGGCAAGAUGUAUGCCAUGAAGUGUCUGGACAAGAAGCGCAUCAAGAUGAAGCAGGGAGAGACCCUGGCUCUGAACGAGCGGAUCAUGCUUUCCCUCGUCAGCACCGGGGACUGCCCCUUCAUCGUGUGCAUGUCAUAUGCGUUCCACACACCAGACAAGCUCAGUUUCAUCCUGGAUCUCAUGAAUGGUGGGGACCUGCACUACCACCUGUCUCAGCAUGGAGUCUUCUCUGAGGCCGACAUGCGCUUCUACGCGGCUGAGAUCAUCCUGGGUCUUGAACACAUGCACAACCGUUUUGUAGUCUACAGGGACCUGAAGCCAGCCAACAUUCUUCUGGACGAGCAUGGCCACGUGAGAAUCUCGGACCUGGGCCUAGCCUGUGACUUCUCCAAGAAGAAGCCUCAUGCCAGUGUGGGCACGCAUGGGUACAUGGCCCCCGAAGUCCUGCAGAAGGGUGUGGCCUACGACAGCAGUGCCGACUGGUUCUCCCUGGGCUGCAUGCUCUUCAAGUUGUUGCGGGGACACAGCCCCUUUCGGCAGCACAAGACCAAAGACAAGCAUGAGAUUGAUCGCAUGACCUUGACAAUGGCUGUUGAGCUACCUGAUUCCUUCUCCCCUGAACUUCGCUCCCUGCUGGAAGGUUUGCUGCAGAGGGAUGUCAAUCGGAGGCUAGGCUGUCUGGGCCGUGGAGCUCAGGAGGUAAAAGAAAGCCCCUUUUUCCGCUCACUGGACUGGCAGAUGGUCUUCUUGCAGAAGUACCCACCCCCACUGAUCCCCCCACGUGGAGAGGUGAAUGCAGCUGAUGCUUUCGACAUUGGCUCCUUUGAUGAGGAGGACACAAAAGGAAUCAAGUUACUGGACAGUGACCAGGAACUGUACCGCAACUUUCCUCUCACCAUCUCGGAGCGGUGGCAGCAGGAGGUGGCAGAGACUGUUUUUGACACCAUCAACGCUGAGACAGAUCGGCUGGAGGCACGAAAGAAAGCCAAAAACAAGCAGCUGGGCCACGAGGAGGACUACGCCCUGGGUAAGGACUGCAUCAUGCAUGGCUACAUGUCCAAGAUGGGCAACCCCUUCCUGACCCAGUGGCAGCGGCGGUAUUUCUACCUGUUCCCCAACCGACUGGAGUGGCGGGGUGAAGGCGAGGCUCCGCAGAGCCUCCUGACUAUGGAAGAGAUCCAGUCAGUGGAAGAGACGCAGAUCAAGGAGCGUAAGUGCCUCCUGCUUAAGAUCCGCGGGGGCAAGCAGUUCGUCCUUCAGUGUGAUAGUGAUCCUGAGCUGGUGCAGUGGAAAAAAGAGCUGCGUGAUGCCUACCGUGAGGCCCAGCAGCUGGUGCAGCGAGUGCCCAAGAUGAAGAACAAGCCACGCUCACCUGUGGUGGAGCUGAGCAAAGUGCCACUGAUCCAGCGUGGCAGUGCCAACGGCCUCUGACCCACCCAUCUGCUGCCCGCCUGCCCACCGCCUUUUAUAAACCUCUAAUUUAUUUUGUCGAAUCUUUAUUAUUUGUUUUGUUUUUCCGCAAAGCGGAAAAGGUUUUAUUUUGUAAUUAUUGUGAUUUCCUGUAGCCCCAGCCUGGCCCAGCCCCCAGGGAGGGGCCCGCUUGCCUUGGCUCCUGCUGCCACCAACCCAGCCACUUGUCCAACACCCCUGCCCUGCCCCCACCCCUACCCAGGGUCCUUGCUCCCAGUGUCUUCCUGCAGGGAAGAGGAGCAACUCUCAGCAGCCCUCUUGCCCCUUCCAUGGGGUAAAGCCACACUCGGUAGGUGUGCCACGUCAGGCUCUGUGGGCUGUGCUCAGCCUGUGGCCCACCCGAGUGGCCCAGCACCCCCAUGAAGGACCACGCACCACAGGGAUACUACUUGAACUCUCCUGUCACAGCCCUCGUGCCACAGAGGGACAGACCCCUGCUCUUCUGCCCUCUUGCCCCUGUGAGAGGAGGCCCUUGUCUCCCCAGACCUGGAGGUCUCCCCCAGUGACUGGCUCCUAGGUCCUUGUUCAGGAAAAGCCUGUGUGUCACUGCUGCCCCUCUCCCCUUCGCGGACACUAGGGCUGGGUCGGAAGGCUGGCAUUGGCAGUGGCUGCUGCUGGCCUCCAUGCCAGCCCCCUCUUCUUCCCGUUGCGUGCCCGGACUCAGGAGCACAGAAAAGGCAAUCGUGGAUUGGGCCACACUGGCCUGGCUUGAACCCAGGUCCCCAACCCUGGGCUAUGUGAGGCUCACCUACCCAGGACCACAGUGGGACAGCCUGGGCAGGUGGGUGGCACAGCAUAGGAGUCCAGCUGGGGCCAGUCCUCCUUGUCCAACUGGUCAGUGUGUCCCCACCCACACUGUCCAGCCCCUAGCCCAUGUCCUGUCAGUGCCGCCCACAGGUGCCACCCCGCCCACCGCAUGUCCCCUCGUGCCAGUCGCGCAGCCGUGUGUGGUGUUGCGCCCUCUCCCCCUGGGGCUGGGUCAGUGCACUCCCUCCUGUCUACUCACUCCCGGGGCGUUUCUUUGCCGAUUUUUGAAUGUGAUUUUAAAGAGUGGAAAAUGAGACUAUGCGUUUUUAUAAAAAUGGUGCCUGACUCCUCA